AAAAAACAAAACGUUUUAAUAAACCCCUCAAAGCGUUCAAUUUGACCAUAAUACGACUUUAUUCACGUGACUGUGACAUGAGCGUCUUUUUUUCUUUUUUUUCUUUUUUACAUUUUAUUUCAGAUCCAACAGAACAUCUGUUGAAAGACAACAAAGGAGCGUCUUGGGGUCCAAUAAACACCGGAGCGCAGAAAGGCAGCGGGCAGAUCCAGCUGUGGCAGUUCCUGCUGGAGCUCCUGUCGGACGGCAGCAACGUGGCGUGCAUCGCCUGGGAGGGAACCAACGGCGAGUUCAAGCUCAUCGACCCGGACGAGGUGGCCCGCCGGUGGGGGGAGCGCAAGAGCAAGCCCAACAUGAACUACGACAAACUGAGCCGGGCGCUGCGCUACUACUACGACAAGAACAUCAUGACCAAGGUCCACGGCAAACGGUACGCCUACAAGUUCGACUUCCACGGUUUGGCGCAGGUGUGCCAGCCGUCCUGCGGCACGGAGCAGACCAUCUACAAGUUCCAGGGGAACUUCUCCCCGCUUCCUUUCUCCGGGAUUUCCAAACUGAACCUGCACGUCGCUCCCGGUGUUGGACCCUCGGGGUUCUCCUACUGGCCCGGUUCGCCAUCGGCGGCCCUUUACCACAGCCACAACCUGCAGGCGGCGGGGCCUUUCGGCACCGUGUCUCCCAGCCACAUCAGCUGCGUCAACACUCUGAGCAACAUCAAUAAUCCUUACAACUGAGUCUGCCAGGUAAAAUUAACAUCAUAUAUUCAAAAGCAUAUAAUUAUCAACACCUUUUUUUUCUUUUUUUCUUGUAAUUGUUUUUAUUAUUAAAGACGCCCUGAAGGCUAUAAUUUGGGUCUUUUGUUUGAAAAGGGGCAAUAAAAGUUUUUAUUUCAUGCCUGCAUCUGUUUAUUUUUUCAAUGAAAUAUAAAUAAUAAUACAAAAAAAAAAAAGUGCUGCAAUUUUAGAAUGAUGGCGCCAUCUUG